ACACAUACAAACACACACACGUGUCCCCCCUCCGCGAUUCUAACACAUAUUUACUUUGUUUUUAAAUGGGGCCAUUUCUUUCUGAUAAGAUUUAUUCCUACACCGUGUGCUGUGGAUUAAAAUCAAGUUGACACCGGGUCUCCCGGAGGAUACGUAAGUAUAACACGUUUGUUUUUAAACCUAGUCCUACUCGUUCGUAGACACACGCUUCAUUCACAUCAAUAUGUUCUCGAGGCCACAGGCGCAGUAAUACAAAGAGUGCUUAGUUUAGGCAAGCCCACGUGUGGCACACCCACCUCAUGUAGUGCUUAGAUGUUCGCGAUAUCGAUUUUAAUAACGUACAAGGUCAAAAUAUCUGCACAGAUCUAGAAUAUUGUAAAGCCUGGCGUGACCCAAUUCGAAGCAAUUAUGUCUAUGUUUCAGUGUUUAGUUCAAAACAAAAUUCGCCAUUUACUUUAAUUUGAAAGUAUUUAGACAUGAAUAAUGAUUUUUUUUUUUUUUUAAAGUUUGAAAUAGAUGAAAGGUUAAACUAUAGGUUUAUAAUUCCUACCAUUGCUAUUCUUAACAUUAUGUUCAAUCAAUAAAUGAUGUAUAGGGAAUAUCUCAAAUUGAGUUAUGUUUAGAUCAAGAUACAGCGCCCGAUCCACACAAUUUUAACCCAAAUGCACAGCGACAUGACCAAACCAAAAAAAAUGGGCGUGGAAAAUUAAGCGAAGGGGUGUGUUUUGAGUUGUGGGGGUUUUUUAGGGGGAAGGGCGGUGCAGAGUCAAAACGGGGUUCAUCAUAGGGUCCAUGAAUAAUAGAUUGUCAAAAUGUAUCGACGGCUCAUGACAGUAGUUACAUCCCGGGGCCCCUGAAGCCCUAAUCAUGGAUGUUUUACGUUUACCCUUACCCCAUGGCCAAGGGAUAAAAUAUAUAUUCAUGAGCCUAGGAUAAAGACUCCUUUGCUAGAGGCAUGCUAGCCUUAAAUUUAUGUACAAACACUAGGGGCGUCACUUUGAUCCAGAACAAAACAUAAUUUUAAAUAAUUUCACGGAAAAUACUUUCUUCGUGUGAUAUCCCAUUUUACAACCUAAGUGGCUACCCCAAAAGCCAUAAAAUUUAGAAUUGUUUACCGAUACUAGUUACAAUUCCAAUUUAUUUUUUUAAUUAAAAUAUUUCUUACUAACUGUAUGCUGAAAGCAAUAAAAAAAAAUUAUCUUGUCUUCGGUGCCCUCCAGCAUCACCUGAAAUGUUAGGAAUUUUGUCUUCGGUGCCCUCCAGCAGCACCUGAAACGUUAGGAGCCUUGUCUUUGGUGCCCUUCAGCAGCACCACAAAUGUUAGGAGCCUUGUCUUCAGUGCCCUCCAGCAUCACCUGAAAUGUUAGGAGCCUUGUCUUCAGUGCCCUCCAGCAUCACCUGAAAUGUUAGGAGCCUUGUCUUCAGUGCUCUCCAGCAUCAUCUGAAAUGUUCGGAAUUUUGUUUUCGGUGCCCUCCAGCAGCACCUGAAAUAUUAGGAAUUUUGUCUUCAGUGCCCUCCAGCAGCACCUGAAAUGUUAGGAGCCUUGUCUUCAGUGCCCUUUAGCAUCACCUGAAAUGUUAGGAAUUUUGUUUUCGGUGCCCUCCAGCAGCACCUGAAAUAUUAGGAAUUUUGUCUUCAGUGCCCUCCAGCAGCACCUGAAAUGUUAGGAAUUUUGUCUUCAGUGCCCUCCAGCAUCACCUGAAAUGUUAGGAAUUUUAUCUUCAGUGCCCCCCAGCAUCACCUGAAAUGUUAGGAAUUUUGUCUUCGGUGCCCUCCAGCAUCACCUGAAAUUUUAGGAAUUUUGUCUUCGGUGCCCUCCAGAAGCGCCUUUUCUUGUUACCAGCAAAUAAUUUCAAAAUAAAAAUGUGCAAGAGGACGUGGCGCCAAAAAUAAGAACCGUCUUGGGCGCCAAAAAUAAGAGCUGCCUUGGGCGCCCAUAUUGUUGAGACCGAUCCUACCUCGAGGUACCUCCCCCCCCCUCCCAACUCUUGAAUUAAUAUGCAGCAAGGAAACCAUUGCGUCUCCCAGAGACACGAUAAGCUAUUCAUUGGUGUAAGCUGAUGGUAUUGAUUACGUCACUGCAGUAGACAUUGACCGCGGAAUUCAAAAGAUGGAUGUUUCCUUCUUGGUACAAUGGAUAUGUAAUGGCACUAAAGUUUAAAUCGAUUGUGAUGGUGAUGAUGAUUGAUUGCUUAUAUAGUGCUUUUGUCCGUGCUAUUGUAGCGGGCUACCAAGGUAUUAUAUCAACUAUGCUAUCAAGAUAGUAGAUCAAUUAUACUACCAAGAUAUUAUACCAAUCGCACUACCAAGAUAGUAUACCAAUUAUACUAACAAAUGUUAGAACAAUUAUACAAACAAAAUAUUAUAACAAUUAUACUACCAAGAUAUUAUACCAAUUAUACUACAAAGAUCAAUAAACAAAAAGUAGGGGUAACAGAUCCGAAACCUACGACUAUGACAACAUAGCUGGAACUGCGACAACAACAUAACCAGACCUACGACUACCUGUAAUAACGUAGCAAACACAUGUCUAUGACAACAUAGCAAAACCUACGACUAAGACAGCAUAGCUCAACUGGGAUUAAUCAGGUCAAAUUGUAAAUGUAGCCGGUAUUAAAUAGUUCAAAUGUUAAUGUGACUUUAGUUAAUUAGGCCAAAUUGUUGAUGUGGCUGUGAUUAAUUAGGUCGAAUUUUUUUUUAAUGAGUUUGAGUUGAAUAGCACUGCCUUCUUUCAGAUAUAACCUGACCUCUAUGAGGUGACAAGAAUGGUGGAGUCCUUUGGCGGGACCAACUUGCAUCUUGGGGACAUUCUGGUCCUCGUGGGGUAUUUCGCGUUUGUCCUCUUUGUCGGAUUAUGGGUAAGUCAGAGAACGGUAGAUGCAUUCUUAGUGGUUUGAUCUUUAAAGAACACUAAACUUAGAAGCCUCAAUAAUUUAUUUAAUAUCGUAAUGUCGUUUUUGUUACAAUUUCUGAAACGCGUAUUAUUUAUUUGACACACACACCCCCACAAACUGUCUCCUCCACACAUUUCAACAUGCAGCAUAAGCAAGACUACACACAAUGUUAAAGACAGGAUUGUGCCUUCGUUUUAACAAAAAACAAACAUGAUUGUAUAGGGUAUGAUCUUGGGGGUUGAAAUACGGAGUUAAAAUGACCUAGACAGUGCGAUUGCACAAACUUUAGAGUCUCAAUGUGGGAAUCUGAACUGUAUUUGUGUCCACUUCGCUGUUUCAGAGUUCCAGACAGAACAGAGGCAGCGCUGGGGGAUACUUCCUGGCUGGAAGGAACAUGCAUUGGAUUCCGGUUAGAGGGGUUUUUUGUUUGUUAAAAUCUCCCGUACUGAGUUGGUCCUUUCGGAAACCACUGACGUCCAUACGGCAACCAAUGGUGUCUAUACGGCAACCAAUGAUGUCUUUAUGGCAACCAAUGGUGUCUAUACGGAGACCACUGGUGUCUAUAUGGAGACCACUGGUGUCUAUAUGGCAACCAUUGGUGUCUAUUCGGAGACCACUGGUGUCUAUAUGGCAACCACUGGUGUCUUUACGGAGACCCCUGGUGUCAAUAUGGCAACCAAUGGUGUUUAUAUGGUACCCAAUGGUGUCUAUACGGAGACCACUGGUGUCCAUAAAGACAACCACUGGUGUCCAUAUGGCAACCACUGGUGUCUAUACAGCAACCACUGGUGUCCAUAUGGCAACCACUGGUGUCUAUACAGCCACCACUGGUGUCCAUAUGGCAACCACUGGUGUCUAUACAGCAACCACUGGUGUCCAUAUGGCAACCACUGGUGUCUAUACAGCAACCAUUGGUGUCUAUAUGGCAACCACUGGUGUCUAUACAGCAACCACUGGUGUCCAUAUGGCAACCACUGGUGUCUAUACAGCAACCACUGGUGUCCAUAUGGCAACUACUGGUGUCUAUACAGCAACCACUGGUGUCCAUAUGGCAACCACUGGUGUCUAUACAGCAACCACUGGUGUCCAUAUGGCAACCACUGGUGUCUAUACAGCAACCACUGGUGUCUAUACGUUUGCUGAAGCUUUUAACGUCGAUAUUCAAACACUAGUUCAAGGUCCAUUUAAAAUUGUCUCUCUCCAAAUCUUCUCGUGCAUUUUCCUAACCCAUUUGGUGGCAGUGAGUUCAUAAGUUCAGUGUAUUGUGGUUUGAGCUAUGCGUCUGUUGGCAGUAUGGAAUGUUUCCUUCUUUCCUUUCAAGUCUCCUUGUUCCACUCAAGCUUGGGGCUUCAACAAUACGUUGGUAAUGUCAUUGUUGUAGAUGAUCCACUGUAUAGUUCAAUCUUUGAUGGUAUAGUUUCCUUUGACGUCGUCCGUGAUUCUCUGGAGGAAACAUAAGAAUGCACGGAUAAAGAUGAUGACGCACACUGCUUUACUGUAAAACUACUAGUUUUAUUUUGUGCUGACGAAAUUGAAGUCUUGAACCCCAUUGGUAGAAAUGUAUUUGAAGAUUUGACAAGUCACACCCUUUGGGGCCGUCCAUAAAAUACGUCAUUCGACGUCCCUCCCUCCUGUCACAAUCUUUAACAAAACAACCUACGUCACAUUUUCCGAACUAAAAAAAAAAAUGUUUAUAUUUUUAAAAUGUUUGACAUCACACAAGAUCUUUUUACCACCCUGCCCCCCUCCAGUGUCACAAAAUGUCACACUUUCUUAGACCCCCCACCCCCUUUUCGACGCAUGAUGUACUUUGUGGCCUGUCCCUUCAGUUUGGUAGAAUGACCUUGACCUCGAACAUUUAGGGACAUUUGAGUAAAAUGGAUUGUGAACUCUAGGGUCACCAAUUCACGCCUCCUUGAAACACUCAAACGUUUCAAUAAGUACUUCGCUGUAAUAUUAGAAAUGAUGUGUGCCCUUUUGAUUUGGGAGCAGCGCAGUUAAGUGGUAAGUCAGCAGUGGAUUCACAACUACGGUCGCUGCGUUCUUACACGUUGUGUAAUUGUGUGCUUACACGUUGUGUGAUUGUGUGCUUACAUACACGUUGUGUAAUUGUGUGCUUACACGAUGUGUGAUUGUGUGCUUACCCGUUGUGGGAUUGUGUGCUUACCCGCUGUGUUAUUGUGUGCUUACCCGUUGUGUCAUCGUGUGCUUACACCUUUGUCAUUGUGUGCUUACACGUUGUGCCAUUGUGUGCUUACACGUUGUGUGAUUGUGUGCUCACACGUUGUGUGAUUGUGUGCUUACACGUUGUGCCAUUGUGUGCUCACACGUUGUGCCAUUGUGUGCUCACACGUUGUGCCAUUGUGUGCUCACACGUUGUGCCAUUGUGUGCUCACACGUUGUACUAUUGUGUGCUCACGCGUUGUGCCAUUGUGUGCUCACACGUUGUGCCAUUGUGUGCUCACACGUUGUGCCAUUGUGUGCUCACACGUUGUGCCAUUGUGUGCUCACACGUUGUGCCAUUGUGUGCUCACACGUUGUGCCAUUGUGUGCUCACACGUUGUGCCAUUGUGUGCUCACGCGUUGUGCCAUUGUGUGCUCACACGUUGUGCCAUUGUGUGCUCACACGUUGUGCCAUUGUGUGCUCACACGUUGUGUGAUUGUGUGCUUACACGUUGCAUGAUUGAGUGCUUACACGUUGUGACAUUGUGUGCUCACACGUUGUGUGAUUGUGUGCUUACACGUGGUCAUUGUGUGCUUACACUUACACGCUAUUGAUCAAAAGAUGAGGGGUAAAUGAAGACAAGCGAAAACGUUUAGCUCCCAUUUUAGCAGAAGACGUUAGAUUACCUUGGAUGAUCUGGCGCAUUCAAUUUGUGGCUUGUAUAUGAUAUGACGUUUCAGCACUCAUGCUAGAGGUGACAAGGGACGGUAACCACUAUCUGGGUACAAUGUACAUCCGACUUCUUCCGUUUCCCCCAAAGUGUGUGGUUUUAUCUUCAAAGAUGUUUCAAUGGUUGUUUUUUUUUUGAUCGGCCCUCCUUAGGCUCACUGUGACCCACCGAGUGGGGCCUACCAAUAGGCACAGCGACCCACCUGGUGGAGCCUACCAAUGGGCACACCGACCCAUGUGGUGGGGCCUACCAAUAGACUCAGUGACCCACGUGGUGAGGCCUACCAAUAGGCACAGCGACCCACCUGGUGGAGCCUACCAAUGGGCACACCGACCCAUGUGGUGGGGCCUACCAAUAGACUCAGUGACCCACGUGGUGAGGCCUGCCAAUAGGCACAGUGACCCAUGGAUUGGGGCCUAGCAAUAGGCACGCUAUUGCAAUUGAGCUAUAUGCAACAGUCGGAACAUGACAAUUAACAAAGAGCUGAAUGUGUUUGGUUAGAGCUCAGAUGCAAGUCAUGGGAAUGGGACUGAGCAUGUCAUUAAUUAGGCCAAUCAAAUUAACGACUUUUUUUAUUUCAUUUGUCUCUACAGGUGGGUGCGUCUCUCUUCGCCAGCAACAUCGGGAGCCUCCAUUUUGUGGGUCUGGCAGGGUCAGGGGCGGCGGCAGGAAUCUCGAUCGCCAAUUAUGAACUUAAUGUGAGGGCGGCUAGACUUAAUGAACAUUCAAAAAUAGUAUAAUAUGACUGUGACGAUCAUAUGACUGUGACAGAUAACAUGACUGUGACAGAUAAUAUGACUGUGACAGAUAAUAUGACUGUGACAGAUAAUAUGACUGUGACAGAUAAUAUGACUGUGACGAUCAUAUGACUGUGACGAUCAUAUGACUGUGACAGAUAAUAUGACUGUCACGAUCAUAUGACUGUGACAGAUAAUAUGACUGUGACGAUCAUAUGACUGUGACAGAUAUGACGAUCAUAUGACUGUGACAGAUCAUAUGACUGUGACAGAUCAUAUGACUGUGACAGAUAAUAUGACUGUGACAGAUAAUAUGACUGUGACAGAUAAUAUGACUGUGACGAUCAUAUGACUGUGACAGAUAAUAUGACUGUGACAGAUAAUAUGACUGCGAUGAUCAUAUGACUGUGACAGAUAAUAUGACUGUGACAGAUAAUAUGACUGUGACAGAUAAUAUGACUGUGACAGAUAAUAUGACUGUGACAGAUUAUAUGACUGACGAUCAUAUGACUGUGACAAAUAAUAUAACUGUGACAGAUAAUAUGACUGUGACAUGGUCCAGAAUAUAAUCAUAGUCCGGGCAGCCAGUCUGAUUAAAUGACUUGUGUUAAUGAUGCACCUGUCCAUUUCUAUACUACUACACCAUGAUAUUAUAUUAAAAUGUCAUGAAAAUCUGGCCCGAUUCAGUUACUUCACAAUGUAGAAUGUGACAAAUUAUGGUGUUCUUGUAGAAACAUUUACAAUUGUGAAGAAUCGUCUUUUCAUGUCCAUACCAGACGAUGGAACAUAGCAUUUAUAACAUGGACUUAGCCCCCACCCCCCUUCCAAACCACACAUACAUACAUACACACACACACAACAGCAUUCUUACAUUUUUUCUUGGCCACUUUGUGUUUCCAAAUUCAUUUUUGGUGAGCUUUGUAAACAGAAUGAUGCUAAACUGAAGCAAUACACUGAACUACUCAAGUAAAUCUGGAUCACUUUUAUCUGCAGGCGAUGCUUGUUUUGGUCUUGUUGGCCUACGUCUUCCUUCCAGUUUACAUUGCCUCAGGGGUAAGUAACUGACAUUAUACUAAUGACUUGAAUUAGCCCCCCUCCCCCCCCCCCUAGUUUAAAAAAAAACUCAGGAGUACUCCUUAAAUUGAGAGCCAACUCUUCAAGAGAAAGUCAAUAUGACGUCAUCGCAAGAUCGUAUCUAAUCUCCAAAAAGAAAAUUAUUUUCGUAUAUUUAGAUCUCAAAUUAUUGCUUAAAACUUUUGUACACAAGGGAAAUAAUCAUGUUCACUGUUGGUAUUGUGUAUUUAGUGUUUGUCUCCCAUUAUUUAUACUUUUAUAUAAGGACCAUUUACCGACACUAUAGUAAAUGUCAUUUUAAGAGAUUAAAACCUUCUAUAAUUUGUUAUUGUUUUGCCGUCAUUUUAAUCGUUCAUUUCUAAUGUAUGUGUGCGGAUAUGUUAAGGCCUAUCGAGGCUAUUCACUCUAAAUUCACUACUAAAAUCACAUCCAUAACAUGACUAAGUCUAACCUCUUGUUUAAUUCUCAAACACCCCCCCCCCUCCUGGACGUCAUGUCUAGAUUUACACCAUGCCUCAGUACUUACAACGUAGAUUUGGCGGCAAGAGGAUCCACAUUUUCCUGUCUGGCCUCACACUGAUCAUGUACAUCUUCACUAAGAUAUCGGUGAGAAGGUUGGCGUGUGUUCUUGUCAUGUUUGUAUCAGUGUGUCAUGUGUGAUAUUUGUACCAUUUGGUCAUGUUUAUACCAGAUUGUCACAUGUGCAAUAUUUGUACCACUUUGUCAUGUUUACACCAGAUUGUCACAUGUGUGAUGUUUGUACCACUUUGUCAUGGUUAUACCAGAUUAUCAUGUUUGUAUCUAUUUGUCAUGCCUAAAUCUAAGUGUGCUGUUUAAGAGUUAAACACAUAGAAAAAGUUUCUAGGAAAUAUGUCUCAACUUACAAACAUUUACUAAGUAUUUUUUUUUUUUCCACUUUCAACAAUUUUAGUAAAAUUUAAAUGUUUCAUCAGCUUAAACUAAUACCAAUACAAAUUUUAGAAAUACAAAUUUUAAAAUUAAAACUUGCACCACAUCAUUUCAUUAACUGACACAUUUACGCAAUCAUCUAAUGAACUAGCGUAUUUACCCAAAUAUCUAAUGAUCUGACCCAUUCACCCAAUCAUCUAAUGAACUGACCCAAUCAUCUAAUGAACUGACCCAAUCAUCUAAUGAACUCACUUGAUCAUCUUAUAAACUGACUCACUCAUCUAAUGAACUCACCCAAUCAUUUAAUGAACUCACCCAAUCAUCUAAUGAACUCACCCAAUCAUCUAAUGAACUCACCCAAUCCCUGAUAUCCCCCAGGCAGAUCUGUAUUCUGGCUCUAUAUUCAUAGAGCAGUCACUGAACUGGGACAUGUACGGCGCUGUAUCGUUGCUUCUGGGAAUAGCCGCCAUUUUCACCAUCACAGGUACUCUGUCGUCAUGCCUUUUUUUUUAACAUUCCACAACUUGAACUGAGUACAGGUGCUCAAACCAGGCCAAGGAUCUGUUGGAUCUGCAACACUACAUCAUUAUUAAGUUUUGUGGUAUUGUAGUGUACGUUUACUAUGGUCACUAAUGGCGUACCUUGGGAGGGGUGGGGUGUGCAAAGGGGGCAAGUCACCCUGAGGCAAGUUUCCUCAAAUGGCACUUUUGGAGUGUAUGUAUAUGCAUUACAUAAAAUGUGUGUGUGUGUGAGUGGGGAAGACUUUUGGCAUUUCAGGUGUUUAGACAAGGUGCGCCACUGACGGACACUCUUCACAAUCUUUUACAAAAUGAUAUUAAUUAAUGUUAUUUUAAAAAAAGACAUAACAUUGUUUGAAAUCUGAUUUGACUUGUUCAUACAAUUUGAGCUGAGGUUUUCUAACACAUUUCUCCACAGGAGGCCUGACUGCUGUCAUAUGGACAGACUUCAUUCAGACUAUAAUCAUGCUGAUUGGAGCCAGUGUACUAAUGAUUAGGGGUGUGUUCUAAUGGUUAGGGUAGUGUACUUAAUAAUAAAAAAUUACAAUUAUCAUGAAAGCAAAAGUAUAAACUCUAAAAUUCUUAAACAAAAAAUAAUCAAUUAGUGUCUGGAAAUAUAUCAGUCUUUUUUCUAUUAAUAUUUUAAAAAACAAAAACACUAUUAAAAAAAAAAAAACAAUAAAUCAGUGCCGAAUAAUCUAUAGGAAAAAUAUGCAUCAGUAUACGAGCCCCAAACAUUGGAGGGUCCCCGUAAUAUUGGACUGACAUUUGAAUGCUGAGCUCAUCUCUUAAAUUUUAUUUUCCAGAGCAGUUCAUCCAGCACUGCUUAAGAAAAGUACAAAUGUUUUUCUGGAAUUAAAAAUUUUCAACAACAAAAUUAUCCUUUAUUCAUGUCUCAGAAGACUGUGAAGCCAACUGCAGUGCUGUAGUAACAAAUAUUAUUGAUGCCUGAUUAUGCUUUGGUGACCCCUUGACCAUAUGAUAAAUACCUGGUAACCAUAAUUUUUCAGCUUUCAUUGAGGUUGGAGGUUUUGAUGCCAUGGUGGAGAAAUAUCCAAAAGCCAUACCAGAGAGUACGCUGAGGAGCAACAGCACGUGUGGUUACCCGCGUGAGGAUUACAUGCACUUGUUUCGUGACCCCGUCUCCAGUGACCUUCCCUGGCCAGGCAUUCUAGGACUGACAAUUAACUCCAUCUGGUACUGGUGCUCGGACCAGGUAUGGGAAAUUUGAAGUCAUGCAAGUCUUGUUUUUUUUCUGUCCAUCCACUUCAAAGAUAUCCUUCCACAUAUAAUAAUGAUACAACGUCUAAGAUAUCCUUCCACAUAUAAUAAUGAUACAACAUCUAAGAUAUCCUUCCACAUAUAAUAAUGAUACAACAUUUAUUUUAAUUGAAUAUUAUAAACUAGAUAUAGCUGGCCAAACAUUGGCAACAGCAAUGCGUGAACUUCCCAUCUAUUAAAGUUACUUGACAAAACAUGAACUCAAGUAACGCACAUUUUAUAAUCCCAAUUUGCUACAACCCUUCCCCCAUGGUACAUCACAGCACACUUUUUAUUUCAUGCGCAUGAACUAUAUUAAAUAUUCUGAUGUCCCAACCACUUUUACACUGAAUAUUUAUCAUACAAUAUUUAAAUUAAGUUAUUUUUUAAAAAAUCAAUUAGCGUAGUUAUCAGGAAUUAUAUUUUUCACGCUAUUCAGAAACAGAAGCAAUCCCACCACUAGUGUUAUAUAUAAGAAUACACUCAGUGGCUUACCUGUCAUCUAUAUAUUUUCUUCCAGGUCAUUGUCCAGCGAGCACUUGCUGCCAAAAAUUUCACACACGCCAAGGCUGGGACCCUGAUGUGUGGUUUUCUAAAGAUUCUUCCCCUCUUCAUGCUGGUAUUUCCUGGAAUGAUAUCAAGGAUUCUUUUUCCUGGUAACCAGUUUUAAACCAUUUUUGUGAAAUGCUGUACAGAUUUAUAUUCAACAAGUAGGACACCUAAAUUGGCUGCCUUUAACUUAAUGGUUCUAAAACUAGUGUGUUUCCAUUUCUUUGACUCAAUUUUUAAGAGUAAAACUCAGUGAGCAUCAAUAGUUAUUUGUCAUGAAAGUAUUCAAAUCUAUUGAUACCUCUUAAUUUAAUGCAAACUUAAUGAUCCAUAUAUAAAUAAGAAAUUAGGUAUAAAUACCUAAUUGCAUGUUGGAUUAUUUUUAUUCUUCAUAACGUUAGCAAAACAAAGUGACACAAAAAAUAUCCUGCAAGGGAUUUUUAUGCUUCUAGAUGCAAAUUAAAUUAUGGGUGUUUGGUGUUGGUACAUUGUUAAAACUAUUUAUAGUAAUCUGUCAUGGUUAUGUAUUGUUAACCUGCGGCUUUAGGGAAGUAGAUGACUUUGCUUGAUGGAGUUUUACACAAAAAUAAUCAGUUUUGUCAGUUUUGUAAAGGGGAAUGUCCAUGAUGGGAUAGAACAGUUCUAGUGAGACCACUGAUGCAGUCUAUGACUGUUCUCUACUUUAUUCUCUGUGUCCAUUGUUGAUGUUUAAUAUCCUAUCAAUGUUAUCAGACACCGUUGGCUGUGCAGACCCAGACAUAUGCACCAAAGUCUGUGGCAGCCCAAGCGGAUGUACCAAUAUCGCCUACCCGACACUUGUGAUCAACCUGCUGCCCGCCGGGGCCAGGGGAAUGAUGCUGGCCGUCAUGCUGGCCGCCUUGAUGUCAUCGCUCACCUCAAUCUUCAACAGCAGCAGCACCAUCUUCGCCAUGGACGUCUGGAUACACAUAAGGAAAAAGGCUUCUGAGUUGGAGAUAAUGAUUGUUGGCAGGUGAGCGUUGGCUUAAUUUACUGGUACACACCAGCUGUAGACUCGAUGGGUAUCUAUCAAUAAAAAUAUUUAACUUGAAUUUCCUGUCAAUAACACAAUUGAUUUAAAAAAAUGAAUUAAAAAAGAAAAGAUUUUAUUAACUUUUUUAUUCUCAUUCAGUAAAAAUGAUAAAAUAUUUAUAGAUUUUACAUAAAUGAAUCUGAAUAUUGAGUAAUCCAUGAGAUAGCUUGUUGUUCAAACUAAAAAUGUGAUCAAAAAUUAAAUAAACAAUUUUUGUGCCCCUGCAGAAAAUGUGACAAGCUUUAACUACUUUUAAUGCAAUUAAUAUUGAAUUCUUAAUGCACUUUUGUAGAUGAUAAUAGAGGAACUUCUGUUUUUUAAUGUCAGUCAUUCACAAGUUACACAAUUUAAAAUUAAUGUAUAGUUUUUAGUGCAUUUAAUUAGGUACUUUAAAUACCUUAUUGACUUGUGUUUUUUUUUUUGGGGGGGUGGGUCUUGUUGUUAAAUGCUUAUUUGAUCCCAUGUCACCACUGACCUCUUGACCCGCCCACAGGGUGUUUGUGAUAGUCCUUGUCUUGGCAAGUAUCAUCUGGAUCCCAGUCAUCAAAGCAAGCCAAGGGACACAACUCUAUGUAUAUGUGCAGGAGGUGGCCAGUUUUCUCCAGCCCCCCAUCUGUGCCAUCUUCUUACUCGGUUUGUUCUGGGAACGUCUCAAUGAAAAGGUAACUUUGGUGAGCUUAAGUCCCACAACCAAAAAUGCUGAAAUAAUUUUUUUUUAAUUGUUAAUUUUGGGGGGCAUUUCUGACUAAUUAAAUGUAUAUUGCCAUGAACUCUCCUGUUUUUUUUUUUCUAAAUCAUCCCAUGCAAUCUUGUGGCUUAAUUUUUUUUGCGCGGGGAGUAUCACACCCAUUUAGCAAUCUUGAAGCCCAUAGCUGUAUCAACUUAAGUUCUUUCUUGGAAUAUCACACCCACUUACCAUUAUAUUUCUUGGAAUAUCUCACCCACUUACCAUUAUAUUUCUUGGAAUAUCUCACCCACUUACCAUUAUAUUUCUUGGAAUAUCUCACCCACUUACCAUUAUAUUUCUUGGAAUAUCACACCCACUUACCAUUAUAUUUCUUGGAAUAUCUCACCCACUUACCAUUAUAUUUCUUGGAAUAUCUCACCCACUUACCAUUAUAUUUCUUGGAAUAUCUCACCCACUUGCCAUUAUAUUUCUUGGAAUAUCUCACCCACUUACCAUUAUAUUUCUUGGAAUAUCUCACCCACUUAACAUUAUAUUUCUUGGAAUAUCACACCCACUUACCAUUAUAUUUCUUGGAAUAUCACACCCACUUACCAUUAUAUUUCUUGGAAUAUCACACCCACUUACCAUUAUAUUUCUUGGAAUAUCUCACCCUCUUACCAUUAUAUUUCUUGGAAUAUCUCACCCACUUACCAUUAUAUUUCUUGGAAUAUCACACCCACUUACCAUUAUAUUUCUUGGAAUAUCUCACCCACUUACAAUUAUAUUUCUUGGAAUAUCACACCCACUUACCAUUAUAUUUCUUGGAAUAUCUCACCCACUUACAAUUAUAUUUCUUGGAAUAUCACACCCUCUUACCAUUUUAUUUCUUGGAAUAUCUCACCCACUUACCAUUAUAUUUCUUGGAAUAUCACACCCACUUACCAUUAUAUUUCUUGGAAUAUCUCACCCACUUACCAUUUUAUUUCUUGGAAUAUCACACCCACUUACCAUUUUAUUUCUUGGAAUAUCUCACCCACUUACCAUUAUAUUUCUUGGAAUAUCACACCCACUUACCAUUAUAUUUCUUGGAAUAUCACACCCACUUACCAUUAUAUUUCUUGGAAUAUCUCACCUACUUACAAUUAUAUUUCUUGGAAUAUCAUGACCGCUUUCCAUUAUAUUUCAGGGUGCCUUUUUCGGCCUGGUUAUUGGCUUUGUUGCCGGAAUCAUUCGCUUUGCUAUUCAGUAUUCUUACACCACACCACGAUGUGGUAGCCUUGACCCUGACCCGACACCCGAUCUGGUCAAGAACUUCCACUACCUGUAUUUCUCUAUCUUUCUUUGUUUCCUGACGGCUCUGUCGGCCGUGGUGAUCAGUUUGCUUACGAAACCGAUAGACUCUCAGUGUGUAAGUAAAUGUGUAACGCUCUAGUAAUGUAAUUUACUAAAAUCUUAACUUUUUAAGUGUCUUAUAUGCAAGUUGGUGUAUUCAGGAAGGAUAUUAUAUUGUAGCGGUUCCGAAGCCCUUAAAUUAGAAAAUAAAAUUAUGUUCUUAAAAUGUAUGAACUGGCACCUUUUACUUUUAACUGGAUGUCAUGUCGUAUGAACCCCCCUCCACUACAUACCACACCUUCACUACAGUCAUAGACCAAAAGUAACUAAAUCACAUGUUUUGAAAAACUAAUUUAAACAACUCCUGCUAUAGAGGUUAAAUGUUUAUUUAGUUAUAUUCCUGCUCUAGGAUAUUAUUUAGUUAUAUUUCUGCUCUAGGGGUUAAAUAUUUAGUCGGUUAUAUUCCUGCUCUAAGGGUUAAAUAUUUAGUUGGUUAUAUUUAUGUUCUAGAAUUCAAAUAUUUAGUUGGUUAUAUUCCUGCUUUAGAGGUUGUAUAUUUAGUUAGUUAGUUAUUUAAUUUCUAAAGUUUUUCAAAAAAGCCACACUAGACUUGUAAUAUUCUAUGUUAACUUUUUUUACGUACAGAUUCAGCGACUGACCUGGAGAACAAGAAAAAGCACCAAGCCAAGGCUGAAUAUUGAUGACUGGCACGCGGGCCGGACAGAAAGUCUGCAGGAGACUUUGGAAGGUGCUAUGCAACAAGAAUCAAACUAUGGUAGGUUUGGUAAGCGACAAUACGCAGGAUGAUUUCACGUUUAUUAGAUACUUGCUGAUGUGCCAGGCACUGUAUUUGAGGAUCAGGCCUACACAACUUAUGUUCAGCAUGCCACAUGUGGCCCGCCAGAACCCACUUUGCGGCCAACGAAGUAACGAAAUAUUAUUUUUCAUUAUUAUUUUCUUAAUAGCUCUCCCGCCUCCCCCACCCCCCAAAUCCUAUUUUGUUUCGGCCCGCACAAGUUUUUCAUAGUUUUACGGCCCAACUUAAAUUAUUAGUUGUGCAGGCCUGGUUUAGAUCAAUAAGUAAUAACAACUGCAAUGGUAACUACAAUAAAAAUACUUUUAAUACUAAGAAUAGCAAAAUCAAUGGUGUCGUAAAAAUUGAUAAAUCAAUAAUAGCACUCAAAAAUAUUAAAUAAUGAACAAAAAAAAUUUCAACAAAACCAUCUAUAAUAGACAGACACUCUAUCAACAACAAAAACUAUCACUAUAGGAAUGGGCGGAUAAUUUUUUUUUUUCAUAGUAUUGUAUAGAGUUACAACAAAUUAAUUUUGACUCAUUCAAAACUUUUAAGUGAUUUGAACCAAUUACAAAUAUUAUUUGCAAAUGUUUCAAAGUCAAUAAUACAAAAAGUGUUUGUUUAUUUUAACAAUCAAUGAGAAACAUUGUAACUAAUAGUAACAGUAUUAGUAACAAAUUAAUAGAUAAAAUCUUAAAUAUUAUGAGUUAAUAAUUUAUUUUUUAAAAUUUUUUAAAUUAUGGUACACCAUGAUAUUGAAUCAUUGUAAACUGACUGUCCUUUUUCUUAAGAUUUGACCAACGUUGUACCAGAAAAUGGAGCUGUAAAAGAAGAAUUAGAGAUGGAAGAUUUACACAAAGACGUAUUUGUAGAAUGUAAGUUUUGCUCUCGAAUUUUAAUGGUAAAGGUUAGUUCUAGAUGACUGGCUGAUCUCAAGAAUUGCACAAGGUCGAUGAAAUUCCAACAAUAAAUCAAUUUUAUGCUAAAAUACUUCUACAUUAUUUAAGAACAGUCUUCUAAAAAUCAAUGUAUGUUAUAUCAAUUUUUGUUUAUUCACCAACACAACAGCAAAAAUGGGCUUCCCUCACCGCAUCUUCAACUGGAUAUGCGGCAUUGAUGCAGCUAGCAAGAACCUGUUGGCCAACAGACAGAUGGACAUCACGGAUAUGUUAUCCAUUUCAGAAUCCAAACAAUUACAGCGCAUGACAGCGGCCAUGAGCGUGCUCCUGGUAUCUGCUGCAGUUUUCUUGUAUGGAUUUUUUUACUAAGAACUAAAAAAAAGAAUUCAAUGGAAGGAAACAAUUUUGUUAAACAAUGUUUUGUUUUCCUUUUUACGUCUGCAGAGUAUGAAUAAAUUAUUUGACUUACGGUCUGGUUUUUUAGUUUAGAUUAUUAAUCUAGGUCACUGUGCUCCUGCCAUUAGGUUAAAGGUUAAUAAAAACUUGGUUCUGAGAAAAAAACUUUUUUAACAUUUUUCUCCAAAACUGAAGUCUGUAGUUAACGCAAAAAAAAAAAAAAAGCAUCACUAUUGUUAUCAAUAAAUUAUUUAUCAGGUUUCUUUUAUUUAUUUCUGUUCAUUUUCGUAACAGCAAGUGGAAUAUUUUAUUAAAUUAAAUAAUAACAUUACCGACAGUCAAGUCUUUUUUAACGUAACUUGUAUCUCUGAAUAAGUGAUACAAAUUUAGUAGUCAGAAAGGAAAAGUAUACAAAUAACCAGGCCAUGGAAAAAAAACGUUCGGUAAACGCUGAUCUAGGGAAUUAAUGUGAUCUUUGAUUAUGAAGCUAGUUCUGUUAAUCUAGGUGAAAGGAAUAAGUGGGCCUUUUGCUUAUGGGUUUUGUGAUUUAGGACUCAUGACUUCAAGCACUUUAUGUUAUAGAUUUUUGGUAGAUUAUACCUAAGUUUCAUUGUUGUUGUUUUUUUGUUCAAGUGGUUGUGUUGUUUUUCUUUUAACUCACAUUACCACAAGGGUCAGAAUCACCAUUUUUACCCCAGCCCUUGCCGAACUGGACAUUUCUGAAUGAUUCCAACUCUGUAACCCUUGCCUUGUCGCCACAUAGACACAAUGCCAGGUCACAUAGACACUAUGCCAGUUGCCAUAAAUUGAAGUUUGAUGACCACCAUGUUAAAAUGUGAGAUCUUUGUUGAUAUAUUUAUUAAUCAGAACCUUCACUGCCAGAAUUUCUUUUCUUGCUGAUCAUGUGAUUGAGUUUCUUACAAAUGUAUUUAUGAAUGAAAUGUUAAUUCAGAUAAAUUGUAAUUGUUGUAUUGUUCAGGCGGAAGAAAUAAUUAUGUUUUAUUUAUGCUUUGAAGUCUUUCCCAAACUGCACCCGAUACAGACACUAGUGUUUCAUGAGCUAGUGAUGGAUGUUCUUGAAAACAACAUUUUAGAACCACUUCCUUAUAAAUUUUUUUUUCCUUACCCGCUUAUUUAAGCUGGAAUAAUUUCUUUGAACUAAAAAACUCAAAAUAAAUUUUCAAAUUGGAUUUUAACAGUUUUUUAACAGAAAAUUUCUUUUGUUGUUUUUAAAUGUUGAUUCCAUGUUUUUGAACAUUAAUUUUACUAGGGCUUAAUUUGAGGAAUCAUGGCUGAUUUUGCUUUAAAAAACACUAGUAGUGUUAUUAUUACUGAAUGUAUUUUUAUAUUGUAUACUUUAAACUUUAUUGAAUGAAGGCAACUUGGAAAUGUUUUAAUAAUGUUUUAAAUAAUGUAAAUUGCUUCAUGUAUUGAUGGCACCACUGUAAUUUCAAAGAACUAUUUAAAAGGAAAAAAUAAAACAUAACAUUCUGCUUCUUGGUACAGAUCUAUACUAAAUAAUUAUCAGUGGUCUUCAUUUUUGUUACCUUUUUUUAGCAGUCAAGGAUCACAAUUAGGGACUACAUUCUACUAGGUUAUUCCAACCACCAGCCCAGCCCUAAUCAUUCCAAGAUAAACUAUUUAUAUAUCAUUUUUUGAUUCUCUAUAACAAGAAGACAUCAACCAUCUCAUUUCAAGGCCCUAUCAGAUGGAUCCAUCACGGCUCUAAUUUCUUACACCAGCGAGAGUGAAGAAUGUAAAACAAAUUAAUUUAGAUUUUGGAUGCUAUAACUCCAUGCCCCGCCAUGCCAUAUGGAAUUAAUUAUUGUGGAAUUACUUUCCCACUAGUAAUCCUUUAUUUCCCUCCAUUUCAAUCCUCAGUUUUUUGCGGUUAAAAGCUUUACAUCAAUAAUAACUAAAUCUUUUACCAUGAUAGUACACACCACAGAGUAAUGAAUGGCGCACAUUUCAGUUUUGAACAACUCAACUUUCUAACAAUAACAUAGAGCAUCAUCCUGUUCUGAACAUUGAGCCACAUUGAUUUCUUUCAGUUCUUCAGAAAAAUAAGUUUUAAUUUUUUUAAUUUCUGUUGUUUAUUGUAUUAUAUUGUCUGCUGAAGAAGGCAUCUAGCUGAAAGAUUGACUUCUUUGUACCGGUACUGCCUUUAUUUUCAAGCCUAAACAUAUCUUGUUCCACUAUUUAUUUACAUUUUACCUGUUUUCUUUAGGGAUAAAAUAAAUAAGAAAGGACAUUUAUAUUGAAUUUCAUUUUUUAUAUAUAUAAUUAAAGUAUAAUAGUUGUAUGAAUGAUGAGAAGGUUGAACGACAAAAUUGUAUAAUGGGACAUUUUCUAUUUGUAUUAUUUUUCAUGCAAGUUAUUCCAAACCAAGUUAAGCUAUGUUGUUUCUUUGUUGUUUUGGG